GGUUGCUGUUGUUACAUAGGAAACAGCUGAAGAGUCUCCACAUGACAGAGGGGGAAGGAGGAAGUGGGGCGACCCGUGGGGCGCCGCUGCCGCUCCGGUAGCUGCGGGGCUCGGGCAACGCAGCCGACGGGGAGAGCCCUUCCCGCGACGUGCGGGCUGGCCGCCCUCGGGCGAGGGUUUGCAACCCGGUGCCGCCGCUGAGAGGAGGCGGGCGAGCGGGUAGAGAGCGGGAGAGCUCUUCCCCGGGCCGCGGCAUCUCGCCGGGGAAGUUCGGUGCUGGGCGGCAUCCUGCCUCUUUCCCUUGGGCUUCCCGCCGGCUGCGGCGGUGGCGCCGGGCAUGAACGGCUUCGCCCCCGAGGAGGUGACCCAGCGCGGGGCGGACCCUGCCGCAGCCGCCGCCGCGGUGGUGGGCAAUGCGGGUUCCGCAGUUGAGGUGCCACCGCCGCCAGCGCCGCCGGGGCUGGGUCCGGCUGUAGCCGCCGCCGCGGGCUUGGGCGCAGGGGGUGCGGGCGGCCCCGGGGCAGGGCAGCUGUGCUGCCUGCGGGAGGAGGGGGAGCGGUGCGGCCGCGCCGCCGGCAACGCCAGCUUCAGCAAGCGGAUCCAGAAGAGCAUCUCGCAGAAGAAGGUGAAGAUUGAGCUGGACAAGAGCGCAAGACAUCUGUAUAUUUGUGACUUCCACAAAAACUUAAUUCAGAGUGUGAGAAAUAGAAGAAAGAGGAAAGGCAGCGAUGAUGACGGUGACUCACCCGUGCAAGACAUCGACACUCCAGAGGUUGAUUUAUAUCAGUUACAAGUAAACACACUUCGAAGGUACAAAAGACACUUCAAGCUACAGACCAGACCAGGACUUAACAAAGCGCAGCUUGUUGAAAUAAUUGGCUGCCACUUUAGGACAAUUCCAGUGAAUGAAAAGGACACCUUAACAUAUUUCAUCUACUCGGUGAAGAAUGAAAAGAACAAGCCAGAUCUAAAGAUGGAUAGUGGGGUUCAUUAGAUGGAAAAGGUUGGGACUGAGACUCAGGCUACAAAUCAAAAGACUGAGGUUUGGUUGAUCCGCAGAAGCUUUCUUUGUAACUUUUUUGUCCCCGGAGACUUUGUCUCUGUUUUAUUUUUCAUAACCUUGCUGAUUUGUUUGAAAACUAUCUCUUAUGAAACAAAUUUCCUCAGCAAAAGUAUUUUAAAUAAAUAUCACUGAUACUGUUGCUCAAGUGGGUGUGUCUGUAACUUACUGAGUUACUUGUACCUAAUAGUUAAGCUUUGACUAACUAUGUAAUAAUAUUAAAAUAUUUUUCAAUUAAA